CAGUCGUGGUGUGCGGUCCGGAAUGUCUCUGUCCACAACAUAUACUCUGGCGUGGGUCCUCAUUACACUAUGUGACUACACUCAUGGCACGCUAUCAUUGAGCUACCCGACCGAGUUCCAUCUCAAAGCAGAGGAUAUCAACUUAAUGACGGGCCUCGUCCAGCCGGUUGAGAUGUGGUACAGUACAGACCUCAAGCGAUACAGAAACGAUUACUUCGGAGGGUCCACAAAAGAGUUGUACAUCCGCCACGGGACCAAAUCUUACGGGAUUGUAUACACGACGCACCCCGCAACUACAAAAGAUUUAGAGAGUGAAAUUAUUUGUGAGAAAAUAAAAAUAAGGGGCGACAUGGACAGCAUGCUGCCGGAAUUGAAACACGCCCAGCCGCAUGGUGAAACGGAGUACAAUGGUAGGAAGGUGCAAAUCUGGUACAGUGGUGACAGUGUGGCGGGCGUAGCCGGCGGUCGAGUAGAGGAGACACUACUGACGUACAGGACUUCGGACGGACAAGACGUACCCAUAAGUUACGAAAGAAAAAUAUCUGAGAGUUGGACUGGACGCGUGACUAAACACAGCAUCAAGAAUUUUUACGGCUUCAACUCGACCGUGUCACUGGAGGAGUUUAGAAUUAAUAAUGAGACUGUAUGCGAGGAUGUCGUAAAACUCGGUAAAAAUCUAAAGAAUCAUCUCAACACACUGCAGCCUGGCAUACCGGCACAUAUUAACUUCGCAUUCACAAGCUAUGUGAAGCAUCAUAAAAAGGCGUACACGAAAAAUGAACAUGUCUUCAGGAAGGAUAUCUUCUUAGAUAACUGGAGACACAUCAAAGAACAUAAUAUGAAAAAUCUGAGCUACAAAAUGGAGAUCAACAAAUUCUCGGACCGCACCAAUGAAGAACUCCAGUACUUAACAGGAACUAAAGCUCCGCGUGCAAAACUUGAAGCCACACACACGUUUCCAUAUAGUUCGGAACAAGUGGACUCCCUGGCUGAACAGCUGCCGAAGGAGUUGGACUUAAGAUUGGAGGGGCUGCUCACACCAAUUAAAUCCCAAGGUAACUGUGGCUCUUGUUGGUCGUUUUCAACGACGGCAGCUGUUGAAGGUGCUAUAGCCAAAGCUCUCGGAGGUACACGCUUCGAUUUAAGUGAGCAAUCACUUGUCGACUGUGCUUGGGGAUACGGUAACAUGGGCUGCGACGGUGGUUUGUUGGACGCUGCCCUCAAAUAUGUCGUGGAGUAUGGCAUACCGACGACCGAAGAAUACGGAGCAUACAUUGAACAGGUGGGCUACUGCCAGCUGCUGAACGUAUCAACGGUACACAAGAUCUCUGGUUUCUCUCAAGUGCCCAUAAGAAGUGCCAACUCGUUGCGAGUGGCGCUACACCAGUACGGGCCGGUGGCAGUGGCCAUCCACGCCAACAUGAACAUGAAGGAGUACUCCAAUGGAAUUUACUACGAUCCCCAAUGCGCCGGUAUGGAAGCGAACCAUGGUGUGACGGUGGUGGGGUAUGGUGUUCGCGACGGCCAGCAGUACUGGAUCGUGCGCAACUCGUGGGGGGACGACUGGGGCGAGGGGGGGUACAUCCUGAUGGCGGCUGCAGAUGACAAUUGCUCCAUACUAGACUACCCUUACUACGUCAUCAUAUAAAAAAAUAAACUGUACCUAAUUGUAUUGAAAUA